GUGGGAAGACGCGUGAGGAAGGAGAAGCCUUCGCCGUCAUGCCUUGUGCUGCCAGCUUCGUCGCACCUCAUCAUCAUCAUCGCUGCCGGACCUCCGUGUCGCACCGGCGCCGCGAGUUGCUAUCGAGCCACCACAAGCAGGACCCGAUGCGAAGAGAGAGAGAGAGACAGAACGACGUGAGGAGAGAGAGAAGGCAUUGCGGGGUGGUUUCUGCCGCCGCUACUUUCUCCGCCAUUGCCAUUUGUGGAGCUCGCUGCCGCCGGAGUCACGAGCUAAGUGGGGGAGGAGGCCAUCUUCGCUGUGUUGUUGCAGUCCCCGUGCUGCUACUGCUAUGCUUCAUUUUCUUGUUUUUCUUAAUUACUGAUUAAGCCGCUGCAGCUGUAGGCUGUGAUGGUUGAUGCUCUUUAAGAAUCGUUGCUGCUGGGGUGACUGGAAUCGCUACUGCUACUUCUAACGUUACUACCGUUGCUGUUGACUUGCCCCAAUUCAAGUUCAGCGUCACUGCCCUAGGUCUAGCCUUUCUCCCGACUCUGUUUCACUUUUAUACUCUGAAUUGCCUUGGUCUCGUUUAUCUGUUUGUUAUGGUUUUAAUUCCAUUUUAGUUUCGGUGUUGCCUCAAAUUUUCAGAGUUGUUUCUGUGUUUGAUUCCAUCAAAUUCAAUGUUGCUGCGAGUGUAAUCAGAGUUGGUGAUGCUGCCAUCAUCCCAGUUGUGUUGGAAUCGCCACUGCUGUUGUGAGUUUAGGCUAAGUGGGACUGCUGUGUUAAAUUAUGCGACUGCGACAUCGAGGUAGGGCGCUUUUCUUAAACUUGUUUUACUUUCCAUAGUUGUUAUAAAUCGAUAUUAACGCGUAAAAUAUAUUUUUGUGAUUUCGUGAGUCUUAUGAAUUGAAUUGAGUUAUUUUAGAUGAAUGAGAUUAUUAGUUCGAUUGAUUGAUUGAUCGAUUGAGAAAGUUGAAUAUUCUGAUUAGUUGACUGAUGUUGUUAUAGUGGUUUUCCUUGAAUUAUUGGAAGAAAUUUAAUAUUGG